CGAACAAAAAAAUUGGUUCAUAAUGUUUUGACUUUUCAUUGCACGUGCAGUCAGUUAACAUUUGGCGUUGCCACUUAAUAAAUCUAUAAAUAAAUAGUGCCGGCAUAAAAGUCCAAUCAAUAAAAUAAUAUUUAUAUGCUCUUAUUAAAUGUUAAAUUUAUUUAUAUGCUCUUAUUAAAUGUUAAAUUUAUUUUGUGUAAAUUUUUACGUUAAUUGAAUGACUUAGGACCUAAUAAUUGAAUUCUAAUCACAUUUCUAAUCACACAAAAAAAAAUUUAGCAAUAUUGUGAAUGCUUCAUAUCUAUCUCUGGUGUUUUAAUUUGACACAUUAUCAACUAAACAAAAUUAUUAUCGCUGCACGUCAUCUUCAAAUAAUAAUAUUUUUAUAUUGCAACGUUUAUUAGGAAAUAAGAAAUCAAAAUGAGUGCACUAUUCAACUUUCAAAGUUUAUUAUCAGUGAUUCUGCUUCUCAUUUGCACUUGUGCAUAUUUACGAUCACUAUUUCCUAGCAUUAUGGACCGCAAUAAGACGGGCGUGCUUGGUGUUUUUUGGAAGUUGGCAAGAAUAGGAGAACGAAAGUCGCCUUAUGUCGCCGUGGCAUGCGUGGUUAUGGCAAUCUCCAUAUUAUUUUGGACAUGAUACUAACAUUCUGAUUCUUUUUAUUUAACUGUAUAGUCGAGAUUUGUUAGCAAUAAAAAAUUUUUUUUUUGUAAUUUUGUAGCAUGUGAAAUAAUUUAUAUUAAAUUUAGAUUGUGUUUGUAUGAUAAAAAUGACAUGUAAAUAACUAAAUCGGUAAAUGUAUAGUUUAGGUCCCCAAAGAAGGAGACCGCAAAAAUUA